GCCGUGUCGUGUCGAGAAGUGUCGAGUAGUAGUGUCGUACGGUGGUGGCGAGCUUGUUAUGUAGGAAGAAAAGUUGGAAGGUUGUGUUGGGGAUAGUUAUUUAUGGGAGCUUGGUUCCUUGCAGCACCAGCAGGGGUGCCCGGGGAGCAGGGGUCGGUGCCAGCCGGUUCUUUCCUCUUCGAGCUUCGGAUCCCCCGUCACUGGGCUGGAUCGGGCUGGGCUGUGCUGAGGCCCCGCUGCGACGCGCACAAUUGCACAAUUCACUUUCUCCCGUCCAAUUGGAGGUCCUGCCCCUGCCUCUGCCGCUGUCUCGCUUCUGCCUCUCCGUCGUGGCGCUUCUGAAUUUUCAGCGCCAACCGAACGCCAUCUGGGGAUGACGCAUCGACAGCAGGGCGGAGAAUACCG